CCAAAGAAUUCCUAUGGGUUCAGUUAUUAAAACAGUAACUUACUACAAAACUGCAUUCUGGGAAACAAAAGGUUUUCAUGGAUCCUGUAUUGUUAUUGAUGAUACUGAGCCUGUUAACUUUAUUCUUAAUGACACUAAACCAGAUGGAUCAUAUCCAGCAUUAUUAAGUUACAUUCCUGGUGGUAAAGCCAUAUCCUGGAACCAGAAAUCAUCAGAGGAGAGGAAAGCAGCAUUGUGCAAACUGUAUUCUAAAAUAUUCAAAUCAGAAGAUGCACUACAGCCAAUUAAUUAUUUGGAAUUUGCAUGGAUUGGGACACCAUUCAUCGGUGGUGGUCAUAGCCCCUUUUAUCCUCCUGGUGUUAUUACUGGCUAUGCAAGGUACGUUCUCAUCAAUGUCUAUUUCUGUCG